GAGGAAGGAGGAGGGAGAGACGGAAUUUAAGAACGGAGGACAACGGGUUGUGAUAUAAUCACACUGGAUAGCAGUUCACGUCAACUUCUCUUUUAAGCUCUGUGUGGGAGCACGAUGAAAAAUUGAGCGAAGAUGCUUCCGAGGGUGAUGUGUCUUGUGGUCAGAUGGCGGAGAGAGAGGAACACUGCCAAUUGUAUUGAACAGGAGCCAUUCUGGGGAAGUUGCAAAGGGUCAUACACUGUUCUUAUAGGCCUGUGCAAACGGGGAACGGGGCGGAGCCAGUGCAUUUGCAUUCGAAGGACUUUUUCGAAGCUGAGAAGAACGCUAGUUGGCUAAAUCCGGUGUGGCGACACAAAACGGGAUGCCUUUGAAACCUACGUGUGUUUUCAAAGCGGUGCUUAUCUGGGUAUCCCAUUCAAAAGCCCUCGGCAUUGCGUAUGUAUGCGCACGAACAAGGCCACCUCGUCGGCAUAUGUUGCACGCCGCGCACUUGCACAUCAAAAAAUGGAACACCGACAUGAUCAUUUGUUAUGGCACUCUUCAAAGCAAGGGCUUCCCAGAGCAUAUUCUGAGGCGACUAGAGGCGAAUGAAGAGGACCAGGGCUUGAAUGGUGACUCGCGCGUAAGAGAGAUGUAUACGGAAGCGGUUCCGUAGGCUGUUCAUGCUGUGUACACAGCAUAUGUUGACUCGACCGACGAGGACGGCGAAGCGAGC